CUCACCAGCGACCGUUACCGGGGGGAUGGGGGAGGCCGAGUGAUUCCGAGUUUCUCCGAGCGGCACACGGAAAUACCCGAAGUGGAGAGAGCCAAACUUGAGUAAGACGGAAACACCCGAGUGUCACCUCUACUGGAGAUCUCAAGACAACAUGCCUCCCAAGAAACCUGAGCCUAGGAAAGAGACUGCCAAGCCAGCCUCAACUCCAGCCCCUGCUCCUGCCCUGGCUUCAGCUCCCGAGGCCCCCAAGGAGUCUGCCUUUGACCCCAAGAGCAUAAAGAUAGACUUCAGUGCUGACCAGAUCGAAGAGUUCAAAGAGGCCUUUUCAUUGUUUGAUCGGACUCCUUCUGGAGAGAUGAAGAUCACCUAUGGGCAGUGUGGGGACGUGCUGCGGGCCCUGGGCCAGAACCCCACCAACGCGGAGGUGCUGCGUGUUUUGGGCAAACCCAAGCCUGAAGAGAUGAAUUCCAAGAUGCUGGACUUCGAGACCUUCCUGCCCAUCCUGCAACACAUCUCCCGCAACAAGGAGCAGGGCACCUACGAGGACUUUGUGGAGGGACUGCGAGUUUUUGACAAGGAGAGCAAUGGCACAGUCAUGGGGGCUGAGCUUCGCCAUGUUCUUGCCACCCUGGGAGAGAAGAUGAGUGAGGCUGAGGUGGAGCAACUGUUGUCCGGGCAAGAGGAUGCCAAUGGCUGCAUCAAUUAUGAAGCCUUUGUCAAGCACAUCAUGUCUGGGUGAAGCACAUUUCUCCAGGGUGCCUGGCCCUGGUCUUAGCCAUCCUAGGGAGAGUUAGUGAGAGACCUACAGUGAUUGUCAUGGAGUUUUGGACUUACCACCAUGUCACAGCUCUGGGAUGUCUUGGGCACAUAGCCCUCCCUGUUAAUAAACAGCCUUAACAAGGAUUCUCACAGUCCCUGGGUUG